AUGUACAUAAAGAAAGUCAUUAUACAAGGUUUUCGCAGUUAUAGAGAUCAAACAUGCCCAGAAGAGUUCAGCCCGCAUCAUAACAUAAUAGUUGGGCGCAAUGGUUCUGGAAAAUCGAAUUUCUUCCAGGCUAUACAAUUUGUUCUUUCAGAUGAAUACAGUCACCUAAGUAACCAGGAAAGACAAAACCUUCUUCAUGAAGGCACAGGUCCACGUGUUAUUUCGGCUUACGUGGAAAUGAUAUUUGACAAUUCUGAUAAUCGGAUUCCUUUCGAUAAAAAUGAAGUCUCUUUACGGAGGAUAAUCGGUAGCAAAAAAGAUCAGUAUUUUCUCGACAAGAAAAUGGUCACAAAAGCUGAUGUUAUGAAUAUGUUGGAAAGCGCUGGAUUUUCUCGUAGCAACCCAUACUACAUCGUUAAACAGGGAAAGAUUACUCAGUUGGCUACUGCGCCUGAUCACCAGAGACUGAAAUUGUUGAGAGAGGUUGCGGGAACCAGAGUCUAUGAUGAACGUAAAGAGGAAAGCAAACAAAUAUUUAAAGAGUCAGAAGCCAAACGAGAACAGAUAUCCGAACUCCUAAAUAGCAUCGAAGAUCGAUUACGAACCCUUGAAAAUGAAACAAAAGAAUUAAAAGAAUAUCAACAUUGGGAUAGGGACAGACGUGCGUUAGAAUUUACCAUAUACGAUAGAGAGUUAAAAGAAACUCGAAAAAAAUUGGAAGAAAUACAAACUCGUCGGGAACAAAGCAGUGAAAGUACAGCUGAAAUUCGGCGAGCUGCUAAAGACUGUGCAGAUGCUAUAGAGAAACUAGAAAGGGAUCUGAGAGACAACAGAUUAAAAGAAGCUCAGAUGCAAGAUGAAGUCGAGCAAGUCCAAGCAUCUGUAAGUGAUGUUCUUCAACGUCGUGAGCAACUUCAACUUACUAUAGCUGAUUAUUCAGCAACUCUUCGAGGUGGUAAAUCUGCGCGUGAGCGAGCAUCUGAAGAAUUAAGUCGUGUUAGAGAACAAAUAAACCAAGUUGAACGUCGGCUAGCUGAAUUGAGACCUCAGUAUAAAAAGGCUAAACAGUUUGAAGAUGAAUUAGCGAAUGCACUUAGUGAUGCUGAACAUCGUAGAAAGGAGUUAUUUGCUAAACAAGGAAGAGUCAAUCAAUUUCAAUCUCGUAGUCAACGUGAUGAAUGGAUUAAAGAUCAAAUGAAAAGUUUAUCAAAAGCUAUAAAAGAUAAAGAAAAUACUAUCAACAAAUUAACAGAAGAAAUUAAACGUGAUGAUGAAAGACGAGAAAAACUACAACAAGAUUUAGAAGUUGCGGAAGAAAAUAUGACAUGUGUUCGAAAAGAAUUAGAAACGGUAUCUGAGGAACAACGUAGACUUCGUCGUGAAAAAGAUGAAAUUCAAACAGAUAGACAAACUGUUUAUCGAGAAGAAACUAGAAUAGCUCACGAACUCAACAAUUUACGUGAUGAGUUGGCCCGUACUGAACAUAAUUUACGAUCGAUUACAGGCAAAGGAAUUUUGAAUGGUUUGGAUUCUGUUCGUAAAGUUGUUGAAAUAUUUCGUGAUCGUUAUGGCCCAGAUUGUGAUAUUGUACAAGGUUAUCAUGGAACAUUAAUAGAAUUAAUUGAUUGUCCAGAAACAUUUUAUACUAGUGUAGAAGUUACAGCUGGUUCACGUCUAUUUUAUCAUGUUGUUCAGAAUGAUAAAUUGGUUAUUCGUAUGAUUGCAGAAAUUAAUAAACAUAAUCUUCCUGGUGAAGUUAAUUUCCUUCCAAUUAAUCGCUUAUGUGUACAAGAAUCUUCAUAUCCAGAGACAAAUGAUGCAAUUCCAAUGAUAUCUCGUUUAAAUUUUGAUGAAAAAUUUCGUGGUGUAAUGUUACAUAUUUUUGGGAAAACAUUAAUUUGUCGUAGUAUUGAAAUUGCAACUCAAUUGGCUCGAACAAAAAAUUUUGAUUGUAUUACACUUGAUGGUGAUCAAGUAUCACGUAAAGGUACACUUACCGGAGGAUAUUAUGACAGUCGAUUAUCACGUUUAGAAUUACAGAAACGUAAACAAAAAACUGAAAUUGAAAUUCAAGAAACAGAAAAUGUUCGUGAGAAUAAUGCUAAACGUAAAGAACAAGUUGAUGCACAAAUUAACCGUAUCAUUGAUGAUGUACAACGUAAGGAUACAGUAAGAUCAAAACAUGAAAUGACAUUUGAUAAGUUAAAAAAAGAUAUUCAUAUGUGGAAGGAAGAAUUACGUGGUAAACAAGAAACUAAACCACAGAAAGAAUACAAAUUAUCAUCUUUACGUCAUGACUUAGAUCAAAUGAAAUAUACAAUGGAAUCUUAUAAAGUUGAAUUAGGAACUGAUUUAUUAAGCCAAUUAUCAGUUCAGGAGCAACGUGAAGUUGAUCGUUUAAAUGAUAAAAUUCAAGAACUAACCAGAGAAGCUAAAGAUGCUUAUAAAAAAAGAAUUACACUAGAAACUGAAAAGAAUGAAAAAGAAACUCAACUAGAACAUAAUUUAUUAAGAAAACAAGAACAAUUAGAAUCUGAGGUAGCUGAAGCUUCAGAACAAGAUUUACAAGAUCGUUUAACUGAAUCAGAAGAAGAAUUGCGUGAGGUUGAACGUCUUAUUGAAGGUGCUCAGCGUACAGUAGAUGAAGUAGAAACACGUUUAUCUGCUCUAUUACAUGAACAACGUCAAUUGGAAUCAGAAAUGGAACGUAAAAAACAAGAAGAAAAAGAAUACGCUGAACGUAUACAAGAUGAUCAACAAAAUUUAGAAAAAAUGCAAUCAAAACAAAGUCAAUUAUUAAAAAAGAAAGAAGAAAAUAUGAAGAAAAUUCGUGAUUUAGGUUCUUUGCCAGCAAAUACAUUUGAUAAAUUUCAAGAUAAAAAUAUGAAACAACUAUUCAAACUUCUUGAUAAAGCUAAUCGUGAAUUAAAACGUUAUAGUCAUGUGAAUAAAAAAGCAUUAGAUCAAUUUGUAUCACAUUCAGAAGAGAAAGAGAAAUUAUUAAAACGUAAAGAAGAAUUAGAUAAAGGUUGUCAAGCAAUUAAAGAUUUAAUGAAUGCAUUAGAUCAUCAAAAAUAUGAAGCUAUUCAAUUAACAUUUAAACAGGUAUCUAAGAAUUUUCAAGAUAUUUUCAAACGACUUGUACCUGAAGGUCGUGCAGAAUUGGUAAUGAAAAAAGGUGUCCGCCAAGAAGGUGAAGGUAGUAGUGAUGAAGAUGGUGGUGCUGAUAGUAGUGUUAUUCCCGAUGUUGAACGAUUUAUUGGAGUUGGUAUACGUGUUAGUUUUACUGGUGAUUCAGCUGAUAUGCGUGAUAUGAAUCAAUUAUCCGGUGGACAAAAAUCACUAGUUGCUUUAACUUUAAUUUUUGCCAUUCAAAAGUGUGAUCCAGCACCAUUUUAUUUGUUUGAUGAAAUUGAUGCCGCAUUAGAUGCACAAUAUCGUAAAGCUGUUGCUGAUAUGAUUAGAGAUUUAAAAUCGGAAGCACAAUUUAUUACUACAACAUUUCGACCUGAAUUAUUAGAAUCAGCUGAAAAAUUCUAUGGUGUAAAAUUUCGUAAUAAAGUUAGUCAUAUUGAAUGCGUAACUAAAGGUGAAGCACUUGAUUUUGUUGAAGAUGAUCAAACACAUGGAUAA